AUCGGAAGUAGACAGAAAUGCUAGCUACCCAUAACUGAUUCAGAGUGGCUUUGCUGCUGUAAACCUCGAGAACGAUCAACGAUGAGGAAGUGGAUGAUCCCUUCCGCCUUGCUUCUCUUACUGCUCCUUUCUCUUCUACCAGAUCAAGGACACAAGAUACAUGCUAACGCGGAGGAAAGUGAAGAUCUUGUUGAUCCUCCAAAGGUAGAAGAAAAGAUUGGUGCCGUUCCUAAGGGAUUAUCUACUGAUUCGGAUGUUGCCAGGAGGGAAGCAGAAUCAAUCUCGAAAAGAUCUCUCCGCAGUAAUGCGGAGAAGUUUGAAUUUCAGGCUGAGGUUUCUCGGCUCAUGGAUAUACUUGUCAACUCUCUUUAUAGCAACAAAGACAUUUUCUUGAGGGAGCUAAUCUCUAAUGCUUCUGAUGCAUUGGAUAAAAUCAGAUUCCUUUCUCUCACCAAUAAGGAGAUUUUGGGUGAAGGUGAUAAUACAAAGCUCGAAAUCCAGAUUAAUUUGGAUAAGGAAAAGAAAGUGCUAUCUAUCCGUGACAGAGGUAUAGGAAUGACGAGGGAAGAUUUGAUCAAGAACCUGGGAACCAUUGCAAAAUCUGGGACUUCAGCUUUUGUGGAGAAAAUGCACAGUGGAGGUGACCUUAACCUCAUUGGGCAGUUUGGAGUUGGGUUUUACUCUGUGUAUCUUGUUGCUGACUAUGUUGAAGUCAUCAGCAAACAUAAUGAUGACAAACAGUAUAUAUGGGAGUCCAAGGCUGACGGGUCAUUUGCAAUUUCUGAAGAUGUAUGGAAUGAACCACUUGGACGUGGAACUGAGAUCAGAUUGCAUCUUAGAGAGGAAGCUGGGGAAUAUUUGGAGGAAUUUAAAUUAAAAGAGUUGGUGAAGAAAUAUUCUGAAUUCAUCAACUUCCCCAUAUAUAUUUGGGCAAGCAAAGAGGUGGAGGUGGAAACUCCUGUAGACGAAGAUGAAUCUAGCGAAGAAGAGGAAACAUCUGAAAGCAGCUCGGAGGAGGAGGAACAAGUGGAUGAAGAAGAUGCUGAAACUAAGCCAAAGACAAAGAAGGUGAAGGAUACAACUUAUGAAUGGGAGAUUUUGAAUGACGUGAAGGCCAUAUGGCUACGAAGUCCAAAGGAAGUGACUGAUGAUGAAUACAACAAAUUCUAUCACUCCCUUGCUAAGGAUUUCAGUGAUGAAAAGCCCUUAGCUUGGAGUCACUUUACUGCAGAAGGUGAUGUAGAGUUCAAAGCUGUUUUAUUUGUCCCUCCCAAGGCUCCUCAUGAUCUAUAUGAGAGUUACUAUAAUGCCCGCAAAACAUAUGUGAAAUUAUAUGUCAGGCGUGUCUUCAUUUCGGAUGAGUUUGAUGAAUUUCUACCCAAGUAUCUAAACUUCCUAAGGGGUCUUGUUGAUUCUGACACCUUACCACUGAAUGUAUCACGAGAAAUGCUUCAGCAGCACAGUAGCCUAAAGACAAUAAAAAAGAAACUCAUUCGCAAGGCCCUUGAUAUGAUCCGAAAGAUCGCUGAUGAGGAUCCUGAUGAGUCUAACAAUAAAGAAGAUAAAGAUGCUGAGAAGGCCAGUGAUGACAAUGAAAAGAAGGGUCAGUAUGUCAAAUUCUGGAAUGAGUUUGGCAAGUCCAUAAAACUUGGUAUUGUUGAGGAUGCAUCUAACAGAAACCGCCUGGCUAAGCUUCUCAGAUUUGAAAGUACCAAGUCAGGUGGCAAGUUAACCUCACUUGAUCAGUACAUCUCAAGAAUGAAACCGGGACAGAAGGACAUCCUUUACAUAACAGGGACCAGCAAGGAACAAUUGGAAAAAUCACCAUUCCUUGAAAGGCUCACAAAGAAAAACUACGAGGUUAUUUUGUUCACAGAUCCCGUGGAUGAGUACCUCAUGCAAUACUUGAUGGACUAUGAAGACAAGAAAUUCCAGAAUGUCUCAAAGGAGGGGCUGAAACUUGGUAAGGAGUCCAAGGACAAGGAACUCAAGGAGUCAUUCAAGGAGCUGACUAAGUGGUGGAAGGGUGCUCUCACCAGUGAAAAUGUGGAUGAUGUGAAGAUAAGCAACCGUUUAGAUAACUCCCCUUGUGUGGUGGUGACAUCUAAGUAUGGUUGGAGUGCAAACAUGGAAAGGAUCAUGCAGUCACAGAGUCUGUCAGAUCACAGAAAACAGGCAUACAUGCGUGGCAAGAGGGUUCUUGAGAUCAACCCAAGGCACCCGAUCAUCAAGGAGCUUCGGGAAAGAGUUGUGAAGGAUCCAGAGGAUAACAGUGUAAAGCAGACGGCACGCCUUAUCUACCAAACUUCACUUAUGGAGAGCGGUUUCAUGCUUGAUGACCCCAAGGAUUUUGCCUCCCGUAUCUAUGACUCAGUUAAGACAAGCUUGAACAUCAGUCCGGAUGCUUCUGUGGAAGAGGAAGAUGAUGCAGAAGAGGCGGAAGCUGAGUCUGACACCAAGGAAGCUGCAGCUACUACAAAAAGCAAUGCAGAGGGAACCUCUAAAGAUGACGCGGACGAAGAACCUUCUUCUGUCAAGGAUGAGUUAUAAGAUCGAUCAUCUCAAGGAUGGUGGCCUUUCUCCUUGAUAUUUUAUGGGAUUUCUAUCCCAUCCCACCCUUCUGCUCACAACAGAAUGGUGGAAGGAAACGGUGGGGAUGGGCUUAAAACUAAUGUAAGCAUCACAGUCAGUCUUUCUUUCUCUUCCUUUUGCAUCUAGUUAACUAGAAUUUACAGGAUAAUUAGCGUGACUAAUCCACGUAGGGCAGAGUUUGAGUUUUUCUCCUCUCGAAUCUUCUGUUCCGCUGCAUGUAAUGAACUUGUCUACACGCCAUUUUUUGUUAGAAAGUAAUUGAUUGAUUCUUCCUGCAAUCUAGCAGUUUGUCGCUUCA